AUGUUGAAGUGCCAUUUCUAUGGAAACUUGAAGAAUCUUCGGGAUUCACAUGCAGCAGUAGCAGUUGGAUCUUCUGAAACAGUUGCUGGAGAUCCGUCCUCAUGCACGCCAUGUACCAAGUGCUUCCCUCAGAAGCAGCCUCUCUUCACGCCCAAUAAAUCUUCAUCUUACAAAGUGGUGGCCGGUAAUUCAAAGGCCUGCAAGUCGCUUGGAGGGACGCCUUCGACCUCUGGAGACAACUCGUGCAGGUACUCCUUGUCGUACCAGGUGAAGUACCACUCUCGUGGAGUCCUCUCCUCGGACGCGAUCACCAUGAAAACCACCUCAGGUGCGCCAACCUCUCUUCCAAACAUGGUUUUCGGAUGUGGUUACGAUAACUCUGCUGACACCAGCGUGGAUGCAUCUGGAGUGAUCGGGCUAGGGGUCGGACCGGGUUCCCUUAUCACCCAAAUGAACUCUGUUAUUGGUGGUAAGUUCUCUUAUUGCUUAGUCCCAAAUGCACACAGCAAUCCCAAGCCCAGCAAAAUGCAUUUUGGCAGCAGAGCUGCAGUUACUGGUGCUUCAGUAGUCACCACUGCUAUGCAAAUUGUCAAGAAUUCUUGUGCUGUCAGCUUAAAAGGAAUAAGUGUGGGAACCACGAGGCUGGCGGCAUCCACCCUCUCCGAUUUCCCUUACUCAUCGAAGAUCUUUGGCUUCUCCAAUCAAAAGAUGAUCAUCGACACUGGAAUCAUAGCCACGCAUAUUCCUGUGAAGCUCUACGAGUCCUUAGAAGCAGCGAUGAGGUAGCAGAUGAACAUGGAUGUUCACCCUGAUCCGGAGUCGUUGCAGCGGCUGUGUUACAAGACGCCCGGCCGCCGCAUCCUAGCGCCCAUCGUGACGCUGUACUUUGCUGGUGCAAAUGUGAAGUUGUAUCCAGUAAACACAUU